CUGAUCUUGGAGCGGUUUGAAGUGAAUGUUAGUGGAGUGCUUUUUCUCCUUUUAUUAUAACAUUUCCUCUCAAAAUCUUCAGAAUCUAUGGACAUUCUCCACUCUUCUCAACACAGAUCAGUCUGAGAGUGUUCCUUGUCUGUUUUCUGUCCUCUGUUCCCUUUCAGUGGCCUGUGCUGAGCACCUGAAGCUCCAUUUGCUCAUUUGAUGCUUUUUAAAGGUGUUUCGUUCAAUCGCUCUUCAGAGUUACAGAAUCACGAAAUAACCUGAGUUGGAAAGGGCCCAUCAGGAUCAUCCAGUCCAGCUCCUGGUCCUGUGCAGACACCCCAAAAUCCCACCCUGUGCUUCUCUGUGAUGCCCAAAGGCUUCUGGAGCUCUGGCAGCCUCAGGGCCAUGACCAUUCCCUGGAGAUCCUGGGCAGUGCCCAGCACCUCUGGGGGAAGAACUUCUCCCUGAUACCCAUCCUAAACCUCUCCUGACACAGCUCCAUAUAUUCCCUUGGGUCUUGUCACUGGCUUUUCACUGGAGUUUUGAAUCUGUUGAUUCCAAACUAACCAACAACCACAUUCAGCUCACAACAACAGCUGGAAAAGGAGGAGCAGCGACCAGAGAGAAUUAAGUGAAUAGUAAUGCAAUUACCCUGAUUGAUUUACCCAGGUCUCUGGGAUAAGAGCUAAUGGGUGUCUUCCUCCUAAACCAACCCUGAGUAAAUCAGGACCAGCUUGUUUUUCAUUGAGCUUAGGGUAACAUGGCCCCACACACAAGUGUUGAGGGUGACUUUGUGUGUGACUUUACACUGAGAGGAUUUAGAUCAGCCUGGGCAGAGUCAACUGUGGCGUUUGUAUCUUUUAAAACCUUUCUUCACACCCUCCCUACCUGAAAGCCCAUUUCUGCAGCAGGUAAGGACAUGUUUUGGAUUCCCUCUGGGAAGGCUGGGAGAGUUGAUGAAAGCUGGUGAAAACCCAGCGUGCUGCUAAACAAGCCCCACCCUUCUUCUUGACAUUGUUGGAUUCCUCUUUGUUCCCAAGGAUGGAAAGGCCUGGGGAUUUGCUUACAGUUUUUCAGGCAGUUUGAGAAAAGUACAGUGACAGCUGGGAGGUGAAAAAAUGUGGGAAUCUGCCUCAGAGCUUCUCCUUCUCUUUAUCCAAAUAAUCUUCGUGGAGAGCAGGCAAAAAGCCAGGAAUGUAUUUGACCCAAGGUAGUGUCUCGGAUCAGGAAGGCAGUUAUUAAAUAAGUGGCUGAUCUGGCUGGGUGUAGGACGCUUGGCUCGUGCAGUCGGUUGGGAUUGGCUUUGGUUUGGCAUCUGCCAGCUGCUCCUUGUCUCUGUGAGCCAGGGUGCUCAUCCCUGCCCCAGCCCAGGUUAGGCAGCUGCAGGGAGCCUGGACAGCCAGCCCAGGUGGAAUCAGGUCAGUCAGUUUGAGUAAUGGUUGGUUUUGGGUUGAGUCUGACCCGAGCUUGGGCUGGGAGUGGAUCUCGCUCGGAUCUCGCCCGGUUUGCAGGGAUGACUUGGGUCGUGGCUGGUGGUGAUUGCAACAGGGGCAGGCAAAGGGCUGCCUGGACAGGCACCUCCUGGAGAGGCUCCUCUGCCUCCACGGCCUGUUUCAUGCCGAAAUUGGAUUCUUGCAGGUCUGGAAUACUGAGUAUGACUUGUGCUAUUUGCAGAGCCGGUUCUUCCAGAGCCUGAGAAUGGCCCUUCUGAAAUGGAGAAUUUAAAGAAGGUUUCCUCUCGUUUGAGCUUUUGCUCUCUGUGGGUUUUAAAGAGUUGAUCUUGUUUUGAUUUCAGCUUUGACAUGUCUGUGCUCUGACUGCAAACAAGCCAACUCCACGUGUGAGACGGACGGUGCCUGCAUGGUCUCAGUCUUCAACCUGGAUGGUGUCAAACACCACGUUCGGACCUGCAUUCCUGAGGCAAAAUUAAUUCCUGCUGGGAAACCCUUCUAUUGUCUGAGUUCAGAGGAUCUGCGUAAUACUCACUGCUGCUACUCCGAUUUUUGCAACAAAAUUGAUUUAAUGGUUCCCAGCGGACACCUGAAAGACAAUGAGCCCCCAUCAAGCUGGGGUCCCGUGGAGCUGGUGGCGGUGAUUGCCGGGCCCGUCUUCCUUGUGUUUGUUGUCAUGAUCAUUGUAGUGUUUGUGUUCCAUCACCACCAACGAGUCUAUCACAACCGCCAGCGGCUGGACAUGGAAGACCCUUCCUGUGAAAUGUGCCUUUCCAAGGACAAGACCUUGCAAGAUCUGGUCUAUGAUCUGUCCACCUCCGGCUCUGGCUCAGGCUUGCCUCUGUUUGUCCAGCGGACCGUGGCUCGGACAAUUGUCCUUCAGGAGAUCAUCGGCAAAGGCCGCUUUGGGGAGGUGUGGCGGGGCAGGUGGCGUGGAGGUGACGUGGCUGUGAAGAUCUUCUCUUCACGUGAGGAACGUUCCUGGUUCAGGGAAGCAGAGAUCUAUCAAACAGUGAUGCUGCGGCACGAGAACAUCCUGGGAUUUAUUGCUGCGGAUAACAAAGAUAACGGAACAUGGACUCAGCUGUGGCUCGUCUCUGACUACCACGAGCACGGGUCUCUCUUUGACUACCUGAAUCGCUACACGGUGACUAUCGAGGGCAUGAUCAAGCUCGCCCUGUCUGCUGCCAGCGGGCUGGCCCACCUGCACAUGGAGAUCGUGGGCACUCAGGGAAAACCUGGGAUUGCUCACAGAGACCUGAAAUCCAAGAACAUCCUGGUGAAGAAGAACGGCACGUGUGCCAUUGCUGACCUCGGGCUGGCAGUGCGGCACGACUCCGUCACAGACACCAUUGACAUCGCACCAAACCAAAGGGUUGGAACCAAACGAUACAUGGCCCCAGAAGUCUUGGAUGAAACCAUCAACAUGAAGCAUUUUGAUUCAUUUAAAUGUGCCGAUAUCUACGCCUUGGGCUUGGUGUACUGGGAGAUUGCCCGAAGGUGCAACGCAGGAGGUAUCCAUGAGGAGUAUCAGCUUCCCUACUACGACCUUGUGCCCUCUGAUCCUUCCAUUGAGGAGAUGAGGAAGGUCGUGUGUGACCAGAAACUACGGCCAAACAUCCCAAACUGGUGGCAGAGCUAUGAGGCACUACGGGUGAUGGGCAAGAUGAUGAGAGAGUGCUGGUACGCCAACGGAGCAGCUCGGCUCACUGCCCUCCGCAUUAAGAAAACCCUCUCCCAGCUCAGUGUCCAGGAAGAUGUGAAAAUUUAGGCUCUGAGCCUCAGCAGGAGGAAACUGCACAGGAGCUGCUGUGCUAGAGUAGACGUGUGAUGGAGGCCUACCUCGUGUUUCAGCCCAACCUACUGCUACAACCAGACAGCGGGACCUGCAGGCUGCUAGGCAGGGGGACGGAGCCUACAGAGCCGCUCUCUUCCCUGCUUGGGUAUGAAACAAUCCGAAACCUUUUGUGAUCACCUCCUGAGAGCGUGGAGACUUGAGAGGGACUUCACCCGAGGGAUCUCAGCCAUGAUCCUAACUCUUUGUUCCUUUAAAGGAAAUCCCUGUAAAGUUCAGCGUGCGUUGAGCACCCGUUGGCGGGGUCGGAGCCAAGCCUGGGUGCUCGGUGCCGGGAGUGGGAAGGGAAAGGGAAGGUUUUCUUGCCGUACUCUCGAGGAUUUUUCCAGGGACUGGCACGUUAAUGCAGAAAAAGCAAAACAAAUGGUGCUCUCUUCCAAGAGGCUGAGCCGGAACAGUUGAUCAGCUUCACAAAACCGUUCUCCCUCCUUUUCUUAAGCUUGAAAAAGUCCAACUCGGCGCCCUGACGGCCGUCGGGGCGCAGCGGUGUCUGCAUGCGCGAGGUGCGCGUGUCCCUGUGCCUGGUCAUCUCCUCCAUAGCCGUGCGGUGUCUGCCUGUGGGUGGCUCAUCUCUGUCCGUGCUUCCUGUGCAUGUGCAAAUCUCGAGUGUCCCGUUGUGAGCUGUCGCGCUGGUGCUCUCCGUGCUGAGUCGUGAGCGUCGUGGAGCUUGGACAGGCUGCUGCAGAGCGGAUCCCUGGCUCCCCGAUGGGCGCCGCCGCCGCCGUGCCCGCUCCGCUGCCGGCUGCCAGAACGUCCCAUCAGGUUGCCUCACUGCCACCCCUUUCCUGUUUUUAAGAUGAAACAAAUAAGGAACUGAGGAUCA